UCGAAGAGUCGCUUCGCCUGACAGCCCGGAGCGGAGGGGAGGGAAAGGAGGAGCCACCCCGCAGCAGCGACUGCAGAAGAGGGGGGCAGCGGCGCGCCCAGGCAAUCGGGCAGGUGUGGUGUGGCGAGGAAGGGGCCGGAGCAGCGACGUUUGCGCCGGGCAGGGAGAGCCGUUGCGGGGGGCGCGGAGCAGGGCAGCCGGGAUGCAGAAACCCAUGGAGAAAUCCCAGAACUUCCGCAUCGACGCCCUGCUGGCCGAGGACCCGGCGCGGCCGGUGCCCAGCGUCUCCCCGGAGAGCUCCGCCGGGAGUCCCGGCGCCUGCCUGCGGACCGAGACGCCCUCUCCCUGCGCGCCGCCGGGCUUGGCCCCUCUGCCCGCCGCCGCCGCCGCCGCCGCCGCCUUCAUCCCCAAGCCCGGCUUGCUGAACCUGGCCCCGCCGGCACUCGGCGGCUUGCCGGCCAUCUACCCGCCCCCGCUCUACCCCAUCCCGGCUCUGGCGGGCCAGCACUCCGCCUUCGCCUACCCCGCCGCCUUCCCCCCGCUGUCGCAGCCGGGAGCCGAGCCUCUGAAGGCGGCCGCGGGAAUCGGUCCUUUCCCGCUGGAGCAUUGGAUUCGGGCCGGGAUCAUGGCGCCCCGCUUCCCGGAUUUCCACGCUUCCCCACCAACCAACCUGAUGGGCAAAUGCCGUAGACCUCGAACCGCUUUUACCAGUCAGCAGCUUCUUGAGCUGGAGAACCAGUUCAAGAUCAACAAGUAUCUUUCACGGCCCAAACGUUUUGAAGUGGCCACAUCACUGAUGCUAACGGAGACACAGGUGAAAAUCUGGUUUCAGAACCGCAGGAUGAAGUGGAAGCGAAGUCGUAAGGCCAAGGAGCAGGUAACCCAGGCUGAGGCGGAGAAGCAGAGAGUGGCAAGCAAGGCCCCAGAGAAACUGCUCCCUGGAGAGGUGCGAGGGGAGGAGGAGGAGGAAGAAGAAGAGAGCGGUGGUGAUGAAUAUAAGAAACACAGGGCCAGUGUGCAAUUCCUGCACCAUGAUGCCGACACUUUCAGCUUCAGCUCAGAUCCCUCGGGCUCAGAAGACGAGGAAGUGCAGAACACCACUCACAGGGAGAGAAAUGUGCUGCUAUGAGCAGAUGUUGUUGAGCCUCAAAAGAAAGACAGUGAGGAGCUUCCAGGAACUGGCUCUAGACCAUCAUAAUUAGUUUGGUGCUCCUGCUCAUAGACUUUUAGAAAAGAAGGACUCUACCUGGGCUAGUGCCCUGGUAAAACUGUGCUGCUUAAUUUAUGUGUGUUUGGAAGAUAUUUAACGUGUAAUUGUUCUGUAAGUGUAUUGGGGGUGGGGGGUGGGGGAUUAGAGGCACUCCUCGCCUGGGUGUUC